CCACAGUAGCACGCCGGCCGGCAAAUUUUGUUCACACCCCCGCUCCUCACACCCCCUCCAAGAUUGCUGCCACCAUGGGUCGGAAGAAAAUACAAAUAUCUCGGAUUACGGAUGAACGGAAUCGACAGGUGACGUUCAACAAAAGAAAAUUUGGAGUGAUGAAAAAAGCCUACGAGUUGAGCGUCCUUUGCGAUUGCGAAAUUGCUCUCAUUAUUUUCAGCUCCAACAAUAAGCUGUAUCAAUACGCUAGCACGGAUAUGGACAAGGUGUUAUUGAAAUACACAGAAUAUAACGAGCCGCACGAAUCGCUGACGAAUCGGAACAUCAUUGAGGCACUAACGAAGAAAGAGCAUAAGAAUGGAGUGAUGUCACCGGACAGUCCCGAAGCCGAGCCCGAAUACAACCUGACCCCCCGCACUGAAGCCAAGUACUCGAAAAUCGAUGAAGAAUUUCAAAUGAUGAUGCAAAGGAACCAGUUGAAUGGCAGCAGGGUCGGCGUGGGCGUCACUGGAAGCAACUACAAUCUGCCAGUCAGCGUCCCAGUCGGAAGCUAUGAUCAGUCGCUCUUACAAGCUAGUCCUCAGAUGCACCCUUCUAUUAGUCCACGGCCUUCGUCUUCGGAAACCGAUUCUGUAUACCCCAGCGGCGGAAUGCUUGAGAUGUCGAACGGCUACCCCGGCUCGGGGUCUCCGCUCGGCGCUAGCUGCACACCGUCCCCGUCGCCCGGGCCGGCGCCGUCCCCGCGGCAUGCGCACAAGCACGCGCACGCGCCGCCGCCGCACCACUCGCCGCGCCACAGCAACCUGCGCGUCGUUAUACCCACCGCCAUGCCGCCGCAACAGGAUGAUAUAUCGUAUACUGGAGAGACACCGCUAAGCUAUUCAGGACUCGGAAACUUUGGACCACAGGACUUCAGCAUGAGCUCGGAUAUGGGGAUAGGCCUGUCGUGGGGCGCGCACCAACUGCAGACACUACAGCACAACAGGUACAUUAGCAGCUUGCCAGUGCUCGGCGGGGGCACGCCGCCGCCGGCCGCGUCGCCUAGCAACGUGAAGAUCAAAGCGGAGCCCGUGUCGCCGCCGCGCGCGCCUGACCACCUGCACCGCGCGCCGCCCGCCGCGCCGCAGCCCGCGCACCUCGCGCCCGGACUUGAUGGCCAAGACAUGCGACACAACGCCGUCCCGCUGGACUAUGAGCAGCCGCACACGAAGCGGCCGCGGAUCGAGGGCUGGGCCACAUAGCUAGGCUAUGAGGCCUUCGGUCCCUACCCGAGGCCCCUUCACCCGCACUGCUAGAGCCUCGGGGGCCCAGGCCUCGCGAGCCCUCCGCGCCGAACGAGCUUCGACCCUACCGUCCUGCUCAUAAAUGCUCUUUUCCAACGGUGCUGCACGGUGCACUCCGGGUGCUGUUACGAUGGCACGGCUGCGAUCU